UUCGACUUACCCUUGAUCAUCUUUACAGCACUGCCUAUUGGAUGAACCGGUAGUUGCAAGCUUCUACGACUGCAGUGUUACCAUACAAGUGUGGCGGUGGAGUUCUAAAGCAGGAUGCUCUUAUCCUGUGCCACGCGGAGUAAAGUAAGACGUCAAACACGGAUUCGUGUGUCUGGCCCUCCGUAUUCCUGGCAAUUCCUUUUCAGAAAUGUUGCCAAUCGCCUCUGUAGUGGUACUUUCCAUCAUUUCUCCCUUCGUCAGAGGUCAACUACCAUGUGACAGCGCAUGUCGGAACCUUUCUGAGAUCCUACCCGGCUCAGUCUUCUUCGGGCAGACAGCCAAGUCCAAUCUCUGGUCCAACUUCCAAGCAGAAUCAGUUCCUCAAUGUAGAGUUGAGCCACAAGAUGCCUUCGCUGUAUCAAAGAUUCUCACCGUCGCCAAAGCAUACCAAUGCCACUUUGCAGUCCUUGCUGGAGGGACUUCGCCUUUCCGAUAUGCCUCGAAUGCUGAGGGCGGUAUAACUAUUGACAUGCAACGGAUGAAGUCAGUGCAACUUGUCGACAAUGAUUUAUUGCAUGUCAAAGUUGGUGCUGGUGCUGUCUGGGCAGAUGUGUAUCGAGAAUUGGACCCGAGAAACAUGUCGGCGACUGGAACACGGAAUAGCUUGACGGGAGUUACUGGUUCUAUUCUUGGUGGUGGCAUCUCUUUCUUCUCACAGCGUUUCGGCUGGUCAUGUGACACCGCCGUUGCUUUCGAAGCUGUACUUGCGAAUGGCACACUUGUGAAUGUCACCCAUAAUUCCUACCCCGACCUAUUCUUUGCUUUGCGAGGAGGUGGGAACAACUUCGCCAUCGUGACAAGCGUUGUAAUCGAGGCAUUCAGAGAUCCUCCCACUUGGUAUACCUUUCAACUGUGGGACAUUGGUAUCUUAGGUGUUAUCUUCCAAAGGUUGCAAGACUAUACUGCUCAGAUGCCGAGCGAAGUAUGGCAGCUUGCUACAACUUUCGGAUGGCACGUUCCCACACGGCAAUUCGUGAUAUCAGAAAGAAUCGUCGGGUCUGGACUUCCCAAAUUGUCGAGCAGUCUACAUUAUCCCGCUGGUGAACUGAGUUCUAAGCAGUCUAAUGUGCGAGAAACGUACAUUUAUCAGCGAUCAACACUGCAGAUGUCACAAAAGAUGGACAUCAUGAACGCUCCCGGCUUUUACAAUUAUUUUGGUUCCGUGACUGUGAAGAACCACGCCACAAUCCACUUGGCUUUGGCAGAUGCGUUUUGUGAAGAAGUAUUUUCGAUACAGAAAGCUGCGGGCUUGCAAAUUUAUAUAGUGUACAAUCCACUUACAGUUGAGACAUUGCGGAAAAUGCAGACUCGUGGUGGCAAUGCUUUGGGUAUUGAUCCCAAGGAUGGACCAUUGACUAUUGUCAAUAUCAAUUUGCAUUGGAAUUCUGAAUCGGAUAUUUGGUUGAUGACAAACUUCAUGCGGCGAUUGACAACUCGGUUUCGACAGCGAGCAGAGGAACUUGGAAUGCUUCAUCCAUAUCUAUUUCAGAACCACGCGUAUGAGGAACAAGAUGUGUUUAGCGGUUAUGGAAAUGAGAGUCUGAGAAGGCUUAGACGAAUCAGGAAAGAAGUGGAUCCCGAAGGUGUAUUUCAAAAGUUGCAGCCUGGAUUCUUCAAGCUGGGAGAACAUGUAGACUCUAUGUCAUAGAUCCAAUGUUAUCUUUCAAAAGCAU